CGAGCAGUGACCUCUACCCGCUGGAGCAUGAUGAGGUCGGCGCUGCCUGCUUUUGUGUUCUUGCAACUCGCAUAAACCUACCGCACCCAACCCCAUCCCCCCUUUGAAGCAGGAAAGUGUGUUGCUUCCUGCAACACAGCUCGCACUAGCUUCGUGAUCGUCUCUUCCGACAUCGUCAGCUUCUUGGAAAGCCCUGCACGCACCUCUCCAAGUCUGCGCGCCUCGCCCCGCGUUCACUCCCCGCCAUGGCAGACAGUGACGCUGUCGACAAGCAGAAGCUUGUCAAGGACUUUCGCUUGGCCAGCGGCGCCGCGGAAGACGUGGCUGUCCAGUAUCUCGACGCACACAACUGGGACUACGUUACCGCCGUCGAGAGCUACUUUGCGGACGAUGACGACAGGGAGGAUGAGGGCGCAGCCGCCGGACCAGACUAUACCGGUCCUCGAACGCUAGAUGGCCGGCCGGCGCCUCAGGCGUACCAGCGACCUGCCCGCGGCACCGCCGCGCAGCCCAAGAGGAAAGGCGUCGCGACGCUGGGCUCGUUAGGGGGCGGCUCCGCCCACCAUCACGACGACGACGACGAAGAUGAUGACGACGAUGAAGAUGGCGACGACGAUGGCCGAGGCAAUCUUUUUGCGGGCGGCGAAAAGUCUGGUCUGGCCGUGCAGGACCCGAAGCAGCAGGAGGGCAGUGGAUCGCGCGGCAUCAUCAACGACAUCUUGGCCAAGGCGCGAGCCAACUCUACGCGGCCUGAAACCGCCGAUCCAGAGGCCGGCCCGUCCCGCCCGUCCCGGUUCCGCGGCACCGGCAUGACGCUGGGCGGCGAGGGGAUCGAGAGCCGCAGCAUCCCCGACCCUCUCGGGCCCGCCCGCCCCAGCAAUGCGCAGCCCCAGGAGCGGGUGCUGCACAUCUGGCACGACGGAUUCAGCAUCGAUGAUGGCGACCUGCGCCGCUUCGACGACCCGGCUAACCAGGCGGACCUGGCUAUGAUCCGGUCCGGCAGGGCGCCCCUCCACCUCAUGAACGUGCAGCACGACCAGCCCGUCGACGUCAAGCUCCACCAGCACGACAGCGCAUAUACGCCCCAGCCGAAGAAAUACAGACCCUUUGGCGGGAGCGGACAGCGACUCGGCAGUCCCGUGCCAGGCGUGGGCGGUGGCCAGACGUCUACCCAGGCCUCCGCCGCGACGUCGAGCGCUGCCCCGGCCGCGACGACGUCCAACUCAGCCCCCACAGUGGACAGCGCGCAGCCGACCAUCAUGCUUCGCAUCCAGAUGCCUGACGGCACCAGGCUCCCCGCUCGGUUCAACACGACGCACACCAUCGGCGAUGUAUACGGGUUCGUUCAGGGCGCAUCGCCGGAGACUCGAAGUCGUCCCUGGGUCUUGGCGACGACGUUUCCCAACAAGGACCACACGGACAAGGACCUGGUGCUAGGAGAGGUUCCCGAGUUCAAGAAGGGCGGAACAGCCGUGGUCAAGUGGGCAUAG